CACACGCACGCUCCCAAUGCUCCUGAAUCGAUUAAACGCGGUGGCACAAUAUCUUCCAGUAUGACUUGCGCUGCCAAAGUUUACUGAGUAACAGCCAUCAGCACGACCCCGUCUGUGCGCCAAGAUUACGCUGGUUGCCAUUAUUUCCUUCAAAUACCCGGAGCACAGGGACAACGACGCGGGAACGUUUUUCUAAGGCUUCAGCUGUCCUCACCUUCUCGCCUCUGUCCGUCCUUCAGUGUGAUUUCGGAGAAUGGAGCCAAAUUUGGUAGAAAUCUUCAAGGAAGACAAAUGCCUGUCGUCUUUAGUGGAAGAGUGUCUAUCCAACUCUUCUCUGCCCGACACGCGCAACUUGACGCAUAACAACAGCGGCAGCUGGGCGCACGAGCCCAUGUCCCCAAUUAUACCGGUAAUCACGGCAGUCUAUUCCGUGGUUUUUGUGGUGGGACUGGUGGGCAACUGCCUCGUCAUGUACGUCAUUAUCAGGUACACCAAGAUGAAGACGGCCACUAACAUUUACAUCUUCAAUCUGGCCCUGGCCGAUGCUUUGGUGACCACUACCAUGCCCUUCCAGAAUGCAGACUAUCUGCUCCACUCUUGGCCCUUUGGUGAGGUGGUGUGCAAGGUCUUCAUCUCCAUUGACUACUACAACAUGUUCACCAGUAUUCUAACCCUCACCAUGAUGAGCGUGGAUCGCUAUGUGGCCGUGUGCCACCCAGUGAAGGCACUAGACUUCCGCACCCCACUUAAAGCCAAGGGCAUCAACGUGGGCAUUUGGGUGCUCUCUUCAGCUGCCGGGGUGCCCGCCAUGGUGCUCGGAGGUACCCAAACCAAUAAUGGGACCACCGAGUGCGCCCUGCAGUUCCCUGAGCCGUAUGAGUACUGGGACAGGGUGAUGAAGCUGUGCGUGUUUGUUCUGGCCUUCGUGGUGCCCGUCCUAAUCAUCACUGUCUGCUACUCGCUGAUGAUUCUGCGCCUGCGCAGCGUGCGCAUGCUCUCCGGCUCGCGAGAAAAGGACCGCAACCUGCGGCGCAUCACACGCCUGGUGAUGGUGGUGGUGCUGGUGUUCGUGGUGUGCUGGAUGCCCAUCCACAUCUUUAUCCUGGUCAAGGCUCUGAUGGUCGUGCCAGAGACCACGCCUGUCAUGGCCGCCUACUUUUUCUGUGUGGCCCUGGGCUACACCAACAGCAGCCUCAACCCCGUGCUCUACGCCUUCCUGGAUGAGAACUUCAAGCGCUGCUUCAAGGACUUUUGCUUCCCCAUGCGCGGGGGCAGGGGCAGAUCUGGGCGUCAGGCCAGGGGGAACAGCAGGGAGGGAGAGCCUGGGGUGCGUCAGCUCCCCCGCCCCGCUGAGAGCCCACCGCGGACCGCCAAGCCGGCCUGACUAGCCGUGGAACUGUCCUCCAUCACACAGGCUGGGAAGGAGGACUCUCAUGACUUAGGAUUGACUCAGGUCACAUCAGCCCUGUGACGACUUCAGAAAAACCCUCCCUCAUAAUAACGCCUGCUGGACAUCCAAAGUGAACCCUCUCAUUUUGUUCUCAGACACAGCAAAAGGGAGGAAACUGUCACCGACAUCCUGUCAUUGUCAUAAUUGGUUGUUCAAAAUAUUUUUUUCUCAACUGUGGUUUACUCAUUCUUCAGACAGGGGCCAAUAUGAGUUUUCUGAUAUAAUAAUAUACAUGGUUUAAACUAAGACAGAUAUAUAGUUAUAUUAAUUUAGGAUAUAUUAUACUAUUAAAAUAUAAAUUCAUAUUUUCUAAAUAUCUUUAUUUGUAUUAUUUAUGUAUAGCAGUGUGUGUGUGCAAAUGUGUGUGUACUUUUACAUUUAUUUUUUGUAUACAUUUUUAUCACGGUGUGGUGAAUGCACAAUGAAUUUAGAGGCAACUCUAAUCAAGCCUUUAUCAGCAAAGAAAAUGUGCUCCAUCAGUUUUGCUGACAUCUUAUACAAUGCUGCUUAUUCACUGUUUUCUGAGUCACUGAGUCAGUGUUCCUCCAUUCCAUGCAUUUCAACACAAUUAUGUUGCCAGUCAGCUCAAAGUGACUUUGCUAUUUUUGGCCAUUAAAAAUGAUUGUUUAAGUUUAACACUUAAUUGGAAAUGCAGGGUUAAAUUCCUGUGUCUCCUUCCCAAAAGGAAAUAUGGUUAAACUACCUAUUAGGGUUCUAUCCUCUUUAUGUCAAGAUAGGAUUUCUAGGGUGUCUUAUCAUGAAAACCAUUAUUUUAGUGACAGCUGAAUAGCUCAGUAUUCUUACCUGGAGAAUGGAAAAUAAUCUAUUACAUCCACAAAAAAUCUCUCGUGCUGAUAUGACUUUCAUUACAGUGCCCGUGCUUUGGUCCAUCUAAUAAAGUUGCUAAUAUCUUCAGGCAUCUUGAUUCCCAGGCAUGGCCAUGCAGUAAUAAGCGUGUCCUUCCUGUCUGACACUGGUGUCACACUCCAACUGAAUUAUUCACAAAUACUUUGGUGUCACACCAUCUCUCAGAGCCUCCACAAUUCCUCAUGAAAAUGUAUUCCUCAGUUGAAGAUAUGAUUUCUGGACUGCUUAAGUCAGGUGCACUGAGGAGUUGGAUGGAGAGACAGGCAAGAGCAGGGACAGAUAUCGGUUGUAUAAGGUGUUUUUUGUUGCUGUUGUUGUUAUGUAUCCUAUUCCAUGUAGGAGAGUAAUUAAAUAAUUAUGACAUAUGUUUUUGCUAAUUUAUUAAAACAGUAUAGCAGUGAAGUGUUCAUGAUUAUGGAAUUAAUUAACGAGCCAUGGGUCUCUUAAGGGAGACUGCAGCAGUGAAGCCUUUGGGAAUAUUCUGAACUGUGGGUAGUGCAUUCCUCAGGGACAAGCUAUGCUUUUUAAAAACAGUCUGCCUUUCUGUUAGAUGUAGUACUACAUUUUACACAUCAAUAACAAAUUGCUUUGUUCAUCAGCUUAUUUAAUUUACUUUUAGUUGUUUCUACAUUUUUAUGUGUCAUUUUGUUAGUAUCAUUUUGUUACUUUUUACUAUAUCUGUUUUUUUAAAAACAGUCCAGAACGUUUCUGAUCCAGAUUUUAGCCAAAAGUGCACUUAUUGGUCCAGGAUGUAAAGCAUCCCAUCCAUACACACAUAAACACCCUCACACACUUGUACAGACAAACACACAUCACACACACACACACACACACACACACACACACACACACACACACACAACCUCUGUAAAUAACUAUGGAAAUUACGGCUUUGCUAGAGAAAAUCCUGGACCUGAAUGAUCAUACAUUUGACAGAGGGCUCAAACUCAAUGUUGAUUGCUGGAAUUCCACCAAGCAUGUUGAGAUUUAAAUCUUUUAAGGUGUUAGACUACGUGAUUGAGGUGUGUUUGUGGUGUAGCAUCAGCUCACCUGCAGUAGGGCCUGCUUUGUACAUUUCCGAAUUGUGUGAGUUUAGGUCACAGACCCUGGGUGUUAAAUGAAUAACAUGCCUUAGGCUGAACUAGUUAAAAGUGCUUCAGAGGUAAUAUGAUGUGUCAGAAAAGAGCUUGCAGGUGCAUUCUACAGUUCUUAUUUGUCACUGUGCUAAGAAAUUGUAUAGACUUCGGAGUACUGUAGGGAAUAGAAAUCGACCGGAAGAACGUAGGCAGGCGGAGGCCAGGCUAAAAUGUGUUUUCAUGUCAGUAAAUGGACACGAGAUGUAUAUAUGCUUUUUGAUGGUUAUUUUUACAAAUGUUGAAAUGUCAUCAGCAAUGCCAGUGAGCACUGGCUUGUAAGGUCAGAAAAACGCUUCUGCAAUGUUGUGCACAUUUGUCAAAUCCCACCAACUUUGUACAGGAAUGUUAAUGAAAAAAGACAAAGAGGACUCCUUAUAUAUGUGUUUAUUGCUACCGGAUCUUUACUAUAUGGAUGAAAGGCUAAACUUGUAUGCUGUCCUAGGAGUCACUGCUUCUGUUGUAUUUUAAAUCUACUACAGUAUUGAAUGGAUGAAACAUUCUGAAUACCUGUCAAGCGCUACAACAAGUAAACUUGAAAAUGUGAUUUUUGUGACGAAAGACUUUUAUCUGUUUGUUAAUCAUCCAUGAACACUUUAUUUUGUAAUGCACUAUAUAACUGUUAUGAUUAUUUAGUAUGUGAACUCCAAUUACUUUUCAGCCCAGUAAAAUAGGGGUUCUGUGCUCCUGGGUUCAUGGCUCUUCUGUAAAAACAGUGCCUUGAUGCAGAGCUCCCGUCUAGCCCUGCUAGCCCCUUAACUGCAGAACCGACUUUAAUUGAAUCUCUCUAGGCCUAUAUAUAGCUACAUGUUGUUGGCCAUAUUGUGAGCAAUCUCAUGUAGGCCUAUACCUUUACAGAAAAAUGUAAACAGUUUAAGUCUGUUGUUUCUUCAUUCUGCCCUCCUCCUUCCACUAUUAUUAUUAUUAUUAUUAUUAUUAUAGCUGUUAUUAUUAUCAUUAUCAUCCACAAUAGUGCUGGUAUGGUAGCAGUAAUAUAUAAGAUAUUAUAUGUGGUACCUAUAUUCAUUUUAGCUGAAACUAAAAUGAUUGCUAUAUUGUCUUCUGACUAUGACUUUAUAUUGUUUUAGCUGUUAUGACUGUUUGAACUGUAUUAUGUUUAGAUUUCUCUAAAAAGCUGGCUGAUGUACAUGGGGGAUUCAUGAUUCACUUCUUUGCGGUGUCUGAAUCUAAAUGUGUCUGAAAUGUCCUCUCUUGUGAAGGUUCCAAAAUGCCCAGUGUAUGUUUGCUUUAAUUUUACUCUUGAACUAAAUAUCUAUCUUAGAAAAUAUAGUGCAUACUUAGAUCAUAAAUCUAAUUACACAAAAGCUGACCUUUCUGUCUGCAUUGUCUGAUUCUUCACUCUCUUGAGAAAGGCAACCAGUUCUUAAGCCUCCCUUUCCUUUAGUGGCAACCAUUAUAAUUCCUGAAGAGAAAAUAGCAGUUAAACUUUAGCAUUAUGAUAAUAUACAGCGUGUGUCAGAGAGUGAGAACAAGAGAGAAAGGUCAAAUGGCCUUUGUCAUCUUGUGUUGAUACUGUGUCAGUCCCAUGUGAGAAAAUGAGUGAUGGAUCAUUCUACUGAAGAUUUGUUCCCCUCCCUAUAGCAGUGGCCGUAAUGGGGAUGGGCAUUUGAAACAAAUCUAAUUCAGUUUUUGUUAUAGAUGCAAUAUAACCACUGAAUAGAUGACAAUCAACUGGCUUGUAUAAAAACCAUGAGUUCAUGGUUCAGCUGUUUUCUUACCUUUGUGGGUAUGUUCUUGUGGUUGCAGUUCUGCAGAAUAGAUUUGACAGCUUACCUCGGGUGCAGAGAAACAAAUCCAGUUUCAACAGAUGUCUUCAGGCUCAGUCACUCAGUCGCUCUGCCUCUCUGACCUCUGAAAGUUCCAAUUCUACAUUUGACUUGGACAAUCAAGGAUCAAAAGGUUGUCAUGGCAACGCACACAGCCUAGGGGGACGGAGGCACAGGAUUUUAGAAGUCUGGCUCAGAGUGUCACCAACCUCUGUCACAAACCCGGGGUCUUACUUUCUUUAAAGUCAACUCUCGUCUCCCCUACAGUGUUACUGUGUUUUCCUUUGUGCCAGUGGUUUAGUGCUAAUAAAGGCCUCCAAUUACAUUUCAGUGCUUGGGCUAAAUCCAUUCUCAAUGACACUUAAAAGCACAUGAACAAUAAAAUGGAUUAUAA